CUUCGAGCACGACUGAAGCAUCGUCAACCCAAGUUCGACACACGACGACCUCAUAAGCGCAACACUCGCUUGUCCACAUCCAACACUUGCUCAAAGAUCAACUGGGGAGACAUCAGUCGGUUCGCCGCGCAACAACCGCCAUGGGGAAGCUCUCACCCCUAUCCUCGUCUCUUCGCCCCACGACCUCCUCUUCCACUCUCACAUGCGCCGCCCAGCAGGUCAGGCACGCAACCUACGUGGCCCGCCCUCGACGCCCCUACACAUUCACCCAAAUCAUCCAGCUCUCUGAUGGAUCGGCAUACACCCACCGCACAACCUCGCCUCAGGCCCUGUAUCGCGCCAACAAGGACUCACGGAACACCCUGACGUGGAACCCCAGCGAGACCUCGCUGAAGAACGUCGAGGUUGAUGAGGCCGGAAAGCUCGCUGCUUUCCGUGAACGAUUCGGCCGUGCAUUCGACAACCAGAACAAGGAGGAGGGCGUCGAACAGGCUCAGGAGGAGGUGGAGGAUGAGGGCUACGGAGAUCUGAUUGCGAGCUAUGCACCAGACAGGAGUCAUGAGAUGAAGAGCCAGGCGCCGGCGCAGAAAACAGGCAAGGGUGGAAAGAAGAAAUGAUCAGGCCAGUAUAGGGUCAGCACGCACUGCCACAUGUACAUCACGAGUUGCGCUGAGGGAGAAGGCGAAUGUACAACA